AUGCAUAAAUACAAACUUGUUGCUAAGAAAGGUGAAGGCACUUUCAGCGAGGUCCUCAAAGCCCAGUCGCUGAGGAACAAUCGUCACUAUGCUAUAAAGUGCAUGAAGAACACCUUCCAAUCUAUUGAGCAAGUUAACAAUCUACGUGAAAUCCAAGCCCUUCGCCGCCUUGGUGGCCACCGACAUAUAAUAAAGUUGCAUGAAGUACUCUACGAUGAACCUUCUGGUCGCCUUGCCCUAGUUAUGGAGCUCAUGGACAUGAACCUAUACGAGGCUAUUAAAAACCGACGUCAUCAUUUUCCUGAAGUUAAAGUCCGUGAGUGGAUGUACCAGCUGAUGCUCGCGGUGGACCAUAUGCACAGAAACGGCAUUUUUCACCGAGAUAUCAAACCUGAGAACCUCCUUAUAGUUGACGAUAUGUUGAAGUUAGCCGAUCUUGGUAGUUGUCGAGGUAUAUAUUCUCGGCAACCCUACACUGAUUACAUCAGCACCCGUUGGUACCGGCCCCCCGAGUGCCUCUUGACCGAUGGUUACUACACAUUCAAAAUGGACAUUUGGGGCGUCGGUUGUGUAUUUUUUGAAGUUAUGGCGCUUUUCCCGCUCUUCCCCGGUCGAGACGAGACCGAUCAGAUUACCAGAAUUCACGCUAUUCUCGGCACUCCCCCAGCGAAGUUGCUGGAAAGAUUCAAAAGGCACGGACCGGAAUUUUUGAACUUCAGUUUUCCUGAGCAAAAUGGCACUGGAAUUGCGAGGCUGUUGCCGCAUGGGUCGUCAGAGCUUCUGGUCAUCCUACAGGAGCUCUUAUCAUACAAUCCUGAUGAUCGUAUUACUGCUCAUCAAGCCCUCAAUAGGCCCUACUUUGCCAAGAAUAGAAAGGAGGUUAGUGAGCGUGCUUCCUCUCAGUGGGGAUAUUUAUCGAACUCGGUCACGAGUGGUCAAUGGGUUGCUGGUACGAGGACGCACCCCGGCAACAUUCUCUCCGAUAUUCAAGAUGUGCCGACGCUUAUUAUGCCUACUCCAGCAGCCACUGUUUUGGAUAUGGAAGACUCCCAUACGGAUCCUGAGAUGACCACUCGGGACCACAGGAGAGAGGAGGAGGACGAGGAGAUGGAGAAGAAGAGCUUUGCUACUACUGAUUCCUAUCUAGAGACGACUGGUGGGGGCCAUAAGUAG